GUAGUCCGUUCUUUACUUGAGAAUUUACUUUAGAAGCAUCUUCCGUUUCUCCUUCUUCUGCCGCGCAACGGAACCGAGCAGACCAGUAGUUUCGCCGGAGUUCUACAAGGGGUCAACCGGGGUUUAAUUCGUCAAUCGAGAAAAAGCAGUGCAAAAAUGACACUUUCGGACGAGGAAGUUACGAAACUAUUCCGGAUUCGGAAGACAGUGAUGCAACUUUUGAGAGACAGGGGCUACUUAGUGGGAGAUUUUGAGAUAGAAAUGUCAAAAGAUCAAUUCAUUCAAAAGUAUGGUGAAAACAUGAAGAGAGAGGACCUUGUAAUUCUAAAGGCAAUGCGCAAUGAUAACUCUGAUCAGAUAUAUGUUUUCUUUCCUGAUGAACCUAAGGUUGGUGUUAAGACAAUGAAAAUGUACACAAAUCGCAUGAAAACAGAGAAUGUUUUUCGUGCAAUAUUAGUCGUCCAGCAGAAAUUAACUCCCUUUGCUCAAACAUGCAUAAGCGAAAUAUCUACGAAGUUUCAUUUGGAGGUGUUCCAGGAGGCUGAAUUGUUAGUCAACAUAAAAGAUCAUGUUCUCGUUCCUGAGCAUCAACUCCUCACCCCGGAGGAAAAGAAGACCUUGCUUGAGAGAUACACUCUCAAGGAAACACAGCUCCCUCGUGUUCAGGUGACUGACCCAGUUGCCAGAUACUAUGGGCUUAAGCGUGGGCAAGUUGUGAAAAUAAUCAGACCCAGUGAGACUGCGGGGCGAUAUGUCACUUAUCGAUAUGUUAUUUGAAUGUGGUCUGGAUAUACUGCCGCUUUUAAGACAAAAUAUGCACGUUUCUGCAUGUACUCCCCUCCCUUCUACAACUACUUGUGAAAUGUUUGGUCUGGCACGCACAAUGGCUUAACAUCAAGCCACCUUCAUUUUGCAUAUGGAACCUUUGUUGUAUACUAUCCGUGUCUGUGGACGUUAUGAAGCACAAUGCUCGAAAUUAUGGGGAUUUAGGUUUUGUUUUUUCAUUGAUGUCGGAACUGUUGUGGAUCUGUGCACCGUCUUUUUAACUUA